AUGGGUGUCUCGCGGGUUUUGAAGGGCGCAAGCCUUCUGGCAAUCGUCUCACCGUCGUUCGCCGUGCCUCUUGAGCCCGAGGUUGAGAAGCGAUUUUAUUCUGAGCCUACAACCACAUAUACAUCAGCCGCGCCAGUCACCGCUUCUAUUGUUCCCGUCACCAAUGUGACCUCCCACGGUCCUUACACUGGCACACCCACAACCACUGGUGCUUUGUCUACCACCGUCACUGCAGCAUCGGUGGCUGCAUUGCCUGCUGACCCCCUCAAGUAUCAGUACCCGGCUGACGGAAAGCUUCACUCGCCUCAGCCAGCGCCUUAUACCCCUGGUGGCGGCGCGGGGGUGAACGGGUCCGCGCCGGUAUAUCGUCCUCAAAGCGAUUUCGACUAUGAAUCCCUAGCGCUUGCUCUCUACCAAGAAUGGAUCGAGCUGGACCUCUUCCAUUGGGGAUUGGCAACUUUUAGUACCGAGGAUUUCGAGCAAGCUGGUCUGAACGCCGAGGACCGAUUCUUGCUCGAGUUCAUGGCUGAUCAGGAAGUUGGCCAUGCCACGCUUCUGAGUAACAUCCUCGGCGCUGAAGCUCCAGUUCAAUGCACCUACAACUACCCAGUCUCCAGUGUCCGCGAGUAUGUGGAUUUCAGCCAAAAGUUGACUCGCUUUGGCGAGUCUGGAGUUUACGGUUUCUUGCCUCAUUUGGACUCACGUGAGAGUGCUCAGCUUUUGCUGCAGUCCAUCUCAACCGAGGCUCGCCAACAAAUGAUCUUCCGCCAGUUUGAAGGCCUCUUCCCCAUGCCAGUCUGGUUCGAAGUGGGUGUCCCUCAAUCUUGGGCAUGGACUCUUCUGGCGCCGUACAUUUCAUCCUGUCCUGCGAACCAAACUCGACUGGUUUGGCAGAACUUGCCGGCCCUGAACAUUCUUAAUCAGCCCAACCCGGCCCGUGUCAAUGGGUCAAAUGUUUUCAAUGAGACAACUGGUGGUUGGACCAACACACUCUCGACGUCGGACCUAGAGGAUGGUGACUCGUGCGUCAAUGCCACUGAGACCGGAGUCAACUGUAGCCCCGCCAUUACUCGCAACCGGACUGAACCUCUGUCAUACGCGGGCCGCAAGGUCUACCUGUCCUGGGACGCCCCCGGCCAAGCCGUUGGUCCCAACAAUAGUUAUGUGACAUCUACAACUGCCAGCAAGCCUGCCUUUGCGGCCUGGGUUACGCAGCUGAACGUCACGUACAGCCCGCUGCAGGAUGUAACCGAGAAUACUGCCUGGACCAUUCAGCCCAACACUAGCGUCUAUGAAGGUGAUCCAGCGAUCAAUGGUACCAUGUUCCUGGCAAUCACCGAUAAAGAUCUUUAUGUCACUCCGUUCAACUUGACUAUGCUCAACCCUCAUGUUGCGGCACUUGGUCUCUACCAGGCUGGCUGA